UAGCUGCUGCUGCUGCUUUAGGAGCAAGUGAGAGGAAGCAGCUCUGAAGGGGGCGCGGGGGCCGAUCCGACUGCAGCUGUGCUGAAUCACAGGCGCUGAUUAAUCCCUCCAGCCCGCUCCCUGCAAGCGGCCGCAGGAUUGCGAGAGGACUGGAGUGCAUGCAGAGUUCAGGCUCCAGUCCGGCUGCGCACAAUGGAGGAUGAAAGCAUCAAACAGAGUUCCCAGUCACCUGAUGAAGCUGAAGAUAAGGAGAAGGACCAGCGCACGGUAACAGUCAAUCCUUUUCACAUGGGAAAGGCGUUCAAGGUCAUGAAUGAAUUACGGAGCAAGCGACUCCUCUGUGACGUGGUGAUUGUUGCUGAAGCCAUUGAGAUGGAAGCCCAUCGCGUUGUCCUAGCAGCCUGCAGCCCCUAUUUUUGUGCAAUGUUUACAGGAGACAUGACUGAAAGUAAAGCAAAGAAGAUUGAAAUAAAAGACGUUGAUGGGCAAACACUGAGUAAGCUGAUUGAUUACAUCUACACAGCUGAAAUAGAGGUCACGGAAGAGAACGUGCAGGUUUUGUUGCCAGCUGCUAGCUUAUUGCAAUUAAUGGAUGUUAGACAAAAUUGCUGUGAUUUUCUCCAGUCCCAGCUGCACCCCACAAAUUGCCUUGGAAUUCGAGCCUUUGCAGAUGUGCACACCUGCACUGAACUUCUGCAGCAGGCAAAUGCCUAUGCAGAGCAGCACUUUCCCGAGGUGAUGCUAGGGGAAGAAUUCCUUAGCCUUAGUCUGGACCAGGUUUGCAGUUUAAUAUCAAGUGACAAGCUCACUGUGUCUUCCGAAGAAAAGGUCUUUGAAGCUGUUAUAUCUUGGAUAAAUUAUGAGAAAGAGUCCCGCUUAGAACACAUGGCUAAACUGAUGGAGCAUGUUCGUCUGCCCCUUUUGCCCAGAGAUUAUCUUGUACAGACAGUUGAAGAAGAAGCUUUAAUCAAGAAUAACAACACAUGUAAAGACUUCCUUAUUGAGGCCAUGAAAUAUCAUUUGCUUCCUCUGGAUCAAAGGCAAUUGAUAAAGAACCCUAGAACAAAACCAAGGACUCCAGUUAGCCUGCCAAAGGUAAUGAUUGUGGUUGGUGGGCAAGCGCCCAAAGCCAUCCGGAGCGUGGAGUGUUACGAUUUUGAGGAGGAUCGGUGGGAGCAGGUAGCUGAGCUUCCGUCCCGGAGAUGCAGAGCAGGUGUGGUGUUCAUGGCAGGCAACGUUUAUGCGGUCGGGGGGUUUAACGGCUCUCUGAGAGUGCGAACUGUAGACAUGUAUGAUGGCGUGAAGGAUCAGUGGACGUCAAUUGCCAGCAUGCAGGAACGACGAAGCACUUUGGGAGCAGCGGUGCUGAAUGAACUCCUGUAUGCUGUGGGCGGAUUUGACGGAAGCACUGGUCUGGCAUCAGUAGAAGCCUAUAGCUAUAAAACCAAUGAGUGGUUUUUUGUGGCUCCCAUGAACACAAGAAGAAGCAGUGUUGGAGUUGGAGUUGUGGAGGGUAAGCUAUAUGCUGUGGGGGGUUAUGAUGGAGCGUCACGUCAGUGCCUUAGUACCGUAGAGCAGUAUAAUCCGGCUACAAACGAAUGGACCUACGUUGCUGAUAUGAGCACUCGGCGCAGCGGUGCAGGCGUCGGUGUUCUCAGUGGACAGCUGUAUGCUACUGGAGGGCACGAUGGUCCCUUGGUGAGGAAGAGUGUGGAGGUUUAUGAUCCAGGAACAAAUACCUGGAAACAAGUUGCAGACAUGAACAUGUGUAGAAGAAAUGCAGGUGUGUGUGCUGUAAAUGGACUACUCUAUGUGGUUGGAGGAGAUGAUGGUUCUUGCAAUUUGGCCUCUGUAGAGUAUUAUAAUCCUGUCACUGAUAAAUGGACAUUACUGCCAACGAAUAUGAGCACUGGAAGAAGUUAUGCAGGUGUGGCUGUGAUUCAUAAACCAUUGUGACACCUACUCCAGCUAAUGCAGGGAGCAGCAAUGAGGUGAAUCUCAGUGGGUGUUCUCGAGGACAUGCCCAACACAUGAUUUAAUCCAACUUAUUGCUGUUGAACUCCUAGUGUGGCAGGUGCUGCAUUAAGAACUUCCCCUUCCGUGAAUAGUUCAGCAAUGUGCCAAUUCCAAGGUGUUGCUUGUUGUUCUUGGUGCAAUCAAUUCUCUCUGAACAGCCGUUUUCCUGGGAUAAACAUUGUGCUUAAACUGAUACCGGAGAGACUGAAUUUCAUGUGUGGAACAAAAUGCUACUGUAGGGCAUGUGAGUAAAAACCAAUAUACUGAAUGUCUUCACUACUGAUACUUUGUACACACUUUGAGUUAAGCUAUUUACUCACUGCUCCUGGAACUUACUACUGACAGUGGAAUCUUCUAACCACCAAUCAUCAGAAAUAUACUGGACCAGAGUGCUGGCUUGUGUUUGACACUGUCUCAGUCACAUGUAUAUAUGUCACUGGACAACUGUAUGUGUCCCUAGCGCACUUAUGAUAUGAUUGGAGAUGUACAUUGGAUGAUUGUUUUGCUAGUCACACAGCUGCUUUUAUAUACAGGAUAGGAUGUGCUGGGCAGUGGCUUGCCCAGAGAAAGGUGAAUACCCUGCCACCCAAAGGUUGUUAAUCCCACAGAAACAUGCUGCUCUGGAGGGGCUUAUUGCUCCCAUAAAACAUGUACUGUUUGAACUAAAAAUCGAGGAAGAAAGUCAUACCCCUGUGUCCUGUGUUUCAAGGCCAUUUGGGAACAGAGCAUUGAAACAUAAGGGCGUGUCUGAGUCAUUGACACGUCUCACCUGUAUCCAGCCAAAUAAUCCUCCCUGCCCUCCAAGAAGUGAUUAAAGACCAAGAUAAAAUGCCUACAGUGUCUUAACACUUCCAGAAGAGGGAAAUCGUAUUCUUCAGUGUCAUUGUUCUAGUUUUUAAAGUGUCUUCUGUGUUAAAUACUUUCUUCCAUUCAUACCAAGUAGUUAGCAGGAGCCUUUAUAAGAUCCUUCCAAAAAGGGAUUUUAAACAGUGAAAUCCGGGCUCUGCUGUGACUUUAAUACUCACUUGUACCAAAAUCCUGCUAGUUUGUUUUCCCUUUGAAAGGAUGGAGUCAGCUUGCAAAUUGUAUGUCUGAUUCCCAGUAUGCUGCUGGGAGUCAUGACACACUUCUGGGUAUUUGCUGUAGUUAAAGGUAACACUAAAGGGUCCUGAAAGAUGUUUGGGGGGCAGGGAGGGGGGAAUAAAAGGUUUCCUCUGAGGUUCCUCCCCCAAUCUCACAUAACUUUGUGCAUUUUACAGGACUUUUGAUAGUCAGCUUCACUGUUUUCCCUUAGAGCCAGUCAGAGCUUUCCUAUACAGGGAAACAGACCUGCAAAAUUACAACAGUAUUGUUAUUCUGGCAUAGCUAUAACGGUAUAGCUCCCAAAGUAGACUCAGAGACUUGAAGGUCAGAAGGAACCAUCGUGAUCAUCUAGUCUCACCUCCUGCACAUUACCCACCCACUGACUGUAUUCCAGAAUAAGUGACUUUUUCUAGUGUAUCUUCUAUGGCUUCGGAGGCAGUUUAAGCUUACUGAAGAAGUUACUUGCAUUACAGUAUUCUCUUUAGGAGUUAUACCACUAAAGCUAUGUUGGAAUAUUUAUACCACUAUAAUUCUGCUGGUCAGUUUUCCCAUGUAGACAAGCCUUCAGUAUCUCCCUUGCUCUUAGAAACAUCGACAUGGGAGUAGAAAAACCGUUUAAAAUGGUUUUUAAAGAAUAUAAAAGUAAGUCACAAUGUGCUGAUUUAAAGGGAGAUUGAUCAGGAAGGGGAGUAUUUUAAAAUGCAGGGCUUGUCUGCAUGGCAAACUGGAAUAUAAAUCUACACUGCAUUAGUUUGCCAUGCGCUAACUAGCUGUGACAACAAAGUGCACUAAGGAACUUCUAGUGCAUGGGAGCAGGGUCCAUAUGCCCAGCAGGCUAGUGCACUGUAGAUUUAUGCCCUGUCUUCUUGUGCAAUAAGUCUCCAUGUAGAUGAGCCCAAGUAGACUUUAAAAAUGUACAAUGAUAGUGUCCCUUUAACCUGGAUGCCUGUGGCUCAGCCCCAUUGACUUCAGUGGGAGCACUGCGCAGGCAUCUGAGCGGUGCAUUUGAUCCUCUCUAGGGAAUGUUCAGUAGCAUCCACUCAUUCUGUGUUGUAAAGCGAAAAGUGAACGGCCCACUGGAAUGACAGUAUUGAUAUUAGAGACACAAGGUGGGUGAGGUAAUACCAUUUAUUGGACCAGCUUCUGUUGGUGGGAGA